CUUCCUGUGCAUCACACACAUCAUCCCGGUGAAGAACGAGGAGGGCGUGGUCAUGAUGUUCAUCCUCAACUUUGACUACGUCCUGGAGGAGGGCAGCAGGGACUCUCUGGAGAGACUCAACCACACGUCUCCUGCCCAACCUGAGGACCGGAAGGGCCGUUUCUUCCGGUUCCGCUUCCCCUCCCUGCACCUCCUGGGCGUCAGCAAGCAGUCUCUCCCCCAAGAGGACCCGGAUGCCGUCACCAUCGACUCCCCCCGCCGCAGCGACGAGUCCGUGCUCACCCGUGACUACCAGCUGCCCACCCGCGAGAGUGGCAGCCCUUCCUACGCCAACGACACCCGCGCCCUCAUCGCCCCCAGCCACUGCUCCACCCCCCUCUCUGGCCCCCUGGACCACUCCUCCCCCAAGGCACCUUGGGACAGGCUGUACCCUGCUCCUGCGCCCCCCCAGCCACCGGCCUCCCCCGGCCUCACCCCCUCAGCCUCCAGGGAGAGCCUGGGGGGGGUGCAGAGGGCGUCCUCCACCCUGGACAUGGAGGCCCUGGGUUCUCACUCCAGGAUGCUCUUCAGGGGCCGCCACGCCAGUGAAGACAAUGGUCGCAAUAUCAAAGGCCCCUUCACCCAGAUCAGAUCCAGCCUGCUGGGCUCCACCUCUGACUCCAACCUCAACAAGUACAGCACCAUCAACAAGAUCCCCCUCAUCACCCUCAACUUCUCAGAGAACAACGACAGGAAGUGCCCCUCGUCCCCCACGUCUGACCAAACCAUCAUCGCCCCCAAGGUCAAAGACCGCACGCACAACGUCACCGACAAGGUCACACAGGUGUUGUCUCUGGGAGCUGAUGUCCUACCAGAGUACAAGCUCCAGACCCCACGCAUGGACCGCUUCACCAUCCUCCACUACAGCCCCUUCAAGGCUGUGUGGGACUGGCUCAUCCUGCUGCUGGUCAUCUACACCGCCAUCCUGACGCCCUACUCCGCCGCCUUCCUCCUCAACGACCGCGAGGAGCAUAAACGGCGCGAGUGCGGCUACUCCUGCUCCCCGCUCAACGUGGUGGACCUCAUGGUGGACAUCAUGUUCAUCGUGGACAUUCUCAUAAACUUCAGGACCACCUACGUCAACAUCAAUGAGGAAGUGGUCAGCCACCCUGCCAAGAUCGCCAUCCACUACUUCAAGGGUUGGUUCCUCAUCGACAUGGUGGCCGCCAUCCCCUUCGACCUGCUGAUCUUCGGCUCGGGAUCGGACGAGACCACCACUCUAAUUGGCCUGCUGAAGACAGCACGUCUCCUCCGAUUGGUCCGUGUGGCCAGGAAGCUGGACCGUUACUCUGAGUAUGGUGCUGCAGUCCUCAUGCUGCUCAUGUGCAUCUUUGCCCUCAUCGCCCAUUGGCUGGCCUGCAUCUGGUACGCCAUCGGGAACGUGGAGAAACCGUACCUGGAGCACAAGAUUGGCUGGCUGGACAACCUGGGCGUGUCCAUCGGGAAGCGAUACAACUACAGCGACCCAGGGUCGGGUCCGUCCAUCAAGGACAAGUACGUGACGGCUCUGUACUUCACCUUCAGCAGCCUGACCAGCGUGGGCUUCGGGAACGUCUCCCCCAACACCAACUCUGAGAAGAUCUUCUCCAUCUGCGUUAUGCUCAUCGGCUCCCUCAUGUACGCCAGCAUCUUCGGGAACGUGUCGGCCAUCAUCCAGCGCCUGUACUCAGGCACGGCGCGUUACCACCUGCAGAUGCUGCGGGUGAAGGAGUUCAUCCGCUUCCACCAGAUCCCCAACCCCCUCCGCCAGCGGCUGGAGGAGUACUUCCAGCACGCCUGGUCCUACACCAACGGCAUCGACAUGAACAUGGUCCUGAAGGGCUUCCCAGAGUGUCUCCAGGCAGACAUCUGUCUCCACCUCAACCAGAGUCUCCUCCAGGACUGCAGGGCCUUCCGGGGGGCCACCAAGGGCUGUCUGCGGGUGCUGGCCAUGAGGUUCAAGACCACCCACUCCCCGCCCGGUGACACCCUGGUCCACAGCGGGGACGUGCUCACCGCCCUCUACUUCCUGUCGCGAGGCUCCAUCGAGGUGCUGAAGGAUGACGUAGUGGUGGCCAUACUGGGGAAGAACGACAUCUUUGGAGAGAUGAUCCACCUGUACGCCAAGCCGGGGAAGGCCAACGCAGACGUGCGAGCGCUGAGCUACUGCGACCUGCACACCAUCCAGAGAGAGGAGAUCCUGGAGGUGCUGGACAUGUACCCUGAGUUCGCUGACCACUUCCUCAACAACCUAGAGCUGACCUUUAACCUCCGGGACGAGUACGCCAAGACCACACACCCCCAGACAAGCGAAUCAGACGGGGAGGACUCCCGGUGCAGGAGGAGACCGUCCCACAAGAGAAGAGUCUCGGCAGGGAACCACAACAAGGAGGUGACGAUAGCGUGCUGCGAGGGGGGGCAGGAGAGACCGCUGUGCCCCCGCUUCCACACCCCCUCCCGGACGCAGAGGAACGAGAGGAGGGGGAGGAGAGGGAGGAGGGAGUCGGCGGCGGAGGGGGAGGAUGAAGAGGAGGAGGGCAGAGAGGAGGAGGAGGAGCAGAGGCCGCUGUGCUCGGGUGUGCUGGGGUACCCCUCCGUAAGGGAGCAGUCUCUAGCCCUUGGCGAGGACUCCCACCACCAGGGCGGCGCUAGCGCAGACAGAGCACACUCUUACAAAGAGGGCUGGGUGUGCGGGAGACCCAGGGGCGUGGAGGAGCAGGCUGGCCCAGCAGAGGAGCCCCGCGGCGGGGAUGAAGACAGCGACACGGACCUUACCUACGGAGAGGUGGAGCAACGCCUGGACCUCCUGCAGGAGCACCUGAAUAGGUUGGAGUCCCAGAUGACAUCAGACAUCCAGACCAUCCUGCAGCUGCUGCAGCGGCAGACUGCUCUGGGUCCUCCUGCCUAUAGCACCGUCGCCUCCAGCCCUGACUACCAGAGUCCAGCCGUCAGGGGCCAGCCCGACCCUGCCACCCCCAGCCCCCCAGCCCCCCGGAGCAUGGAGAAACCCCAGAACAAAUCCAAAGAUUCCACGCCCGGCACGGUCUCCGCGGAAACGGUUCCGGAAGGAGAACCGUCGGAACAGCCGGAGACGGACGUUGACACUGAGCGCAGACACGACAAGGCACUCCCCCUCAAGUCUCCCCCACAGAACCCAGACCAGGCCCAGGACCAGGCCCAGGCCCAGGCCCCCAGACCCCGCCUCCCCUCCUCCAGACAGGCCUCUCUCCCGGACACUUCCCCCUGCAGCUCCACAGCUCCGAGGCUCCACAGACCCCUCUCUGAUCCAGGGUUUCCAGGGAAGUAGGCUCCUUAGCCUGCAUCUUCUCAUCUUCCUCCCCCCUGUCUCUUCAGAGCGCUAGAGGUCCUCUCUCAAGUCUGACUCAGGGUCUAAGGAGACUGUGUUAUGCAAGGAAAAACUGUCAACUCUUCCAUUCCUUUUUCAACAACAAAAAGAAGUAAAAAACAUCCCUCCCUCUCGUCCCCAUGGAGACAGUAUGACCACAUCACCAUACACCCAGUUAGAUAUGUACAACGCACAUUCACCAUACACACAGUUAGAUAUGUACAACGCACAUUCACCAUACACACAGUUAGAUAUGUACAACGCACAUUCACCAUACACACAGUUAGAUUUGCAUCAUGGCUCUUGAGGGGUUGUUUCUUUCUUCACCGUGUACAUACUUUCAGAAUAACACUGCCAGAAAAGACAAGGCACAUGCUUGUUCCUAAAAGAGAAAUGCAUGUUUCGAAAAGUGUUUUCUGUCGCAUGUUCCACCCGCUGCACAUCUCACAGCGUAGUCACGGUGACGACUGUCUGUCGCAUGUUACACCUACAGCACAUCUCAUAGCGUAGUCACGGUGACGACUGACGAUGCUCCUUUAUCGCUGUUCCUGUUCUCUUGGGACAAAGCUACUUGAAAAAACUCAGACAUUUUUACUGAGCAUCUUUAAGAUGUGCAGUUAAAAGCUUUUCAAUUGCCUGUCGCAGGUUAAACAGACACCAUGUAUGUAUUUCAAUACUUUUUAUGUACUUGAUAAACACCCAACUAGCCAGAUAUUAUACUCUAGUCUAGAAGAUAUACUGUGCCUAAACAAAACAUCAACAUACUUUAAAAUCAUUAAAUGUCAGCAGAUGUAAAACCACAGGUUAUUAAAGAAAGGUUUAGCUUAGAGGGAGUUUGCUUAAUCUCAAAACCAAAAAGUUGCAGGUUCAAAUCCCCCCCGUACUGUCCGUCCCUUUGGAUAAAAUAGUCUGCUAAAUGAAUUCAUUUUAAUCAAAAUCACUCUAGUUCAAAGAACAUUUACCAACUAGAAAAUGUUCAGCCUGUGUUGACAAAGUUUGUGUGCGAUGAUUAAGGAUCUCCUUCAACUAUAUUAGCCUCUUGGCACAUGAAAGCAAUAAUAGCAACAUAACACAUUACAUUCAUUUGAUGUUUUGUCUAAAACAAAAUCAGUAAAACUUCUACAGUUACAUUUGUCGCAAAUGCAUAUCACUGUAAACAUUUUGUAGUGCUACUUUUAGCAAAUUCUUCAGUAAGUUGAAUUAUUCACUCAUAAGAAUAUUACUGACAUUAUUUUGAUGUGAAGUGUCUAUAUGUACUGCUCUUCACCUUACACGCGUAUGACAUUCAGUAUGUGUACUACUGUAAGCACAUCAGAGGAGAAAUGGACGCAAAUGUGGACAUAAAUGUACGAUUGAAAAUCAUUUAACAAAUUGAGUGUAUGCCACAGUCUUUACCAUGCAUGAUUAGUCUUCCAUCAUUUUCCAGAUGAACACAUUUUGUAUUAACCGUUCUAAGCCACGAGAAAAUCAAUUUACUGAUCUUAAAAAAUAAUAUUUAACAACUAGUCAAGAUGUGAUUGACUCUUAACCCAAAAACAACAUUUUUUAUAAUAGCCUACACAUUAAAACAUUGUCCAAGAAGAGAAAUUCUAGGGAUUCUGAACUAGCAAGUUCAAUAUGUUAGCCUUAGCUAUACGAGCCUUUACCCACUACACCCUACAUCACAUCCAGCUCAAUUGUAUGCAUCCAACUGCAAUGUAAAAUUAUUUAACAAUGUUAAGAUUGAUACCGUAUGGGUGAAUUGCAUGUUACAAAUGAAUUAGUCGUAUUAGUUUUAUAAGAAUUGACACAAACGCAACAACAACUGUCAGGUGUAUGACACUGCAUGAAAACACCAACUGGCAGUUGGUUUUAAAUGACUUGUUUGUGAUAGUUGAUCGCGAGGAGAGGAAGAAAUGGAAAAUACUGGUAAAACCCUAUUUUUCUAAAAGUUGAAACUUAAUUUUCCAUGGUUAUUACUUUUUUAUGUGGUUUGUGGUAAUUACGCUUUUGAAAGCCCUAAUGUAAGAGCAGUGAAGUCAUAAACAACACAUAUCAACCCCUUCUAUGUAGCAGUAUACCACAGACAGUUGGAGGGCCAGACAGACCCUGAUGGAAUGUCCUACCAGCCAACUGAGAAACAUCUACGCAUGUAUUUAUUUGUUGGAGUAUUUUUCAUUUUAACAAGUAUUCAGAUAUCUCUCAAAUCCUCUUGCUUAUUCCGUGUCCUAGAUAUAUUCCUGCUCCAACACGCCUUCCACCCUCAACAGAAUAUGGAACGCUUGCUGCUGAAUUCCAGAACUUCCCCCUUCUACCUCUCGUUUCCUAGGCAACUGUAGAAUUCAAGCAGGUUGCAUGACGCCAGCAGAAUGUCGUUCAUGAGUCGGAGAGCUAUCUGAAGUAUUACCCUGUCCUAACCUGUAUCUGUAUAGGGGUGGAUUUGGAAUUCAGCAAUUGUAAUACCAGUGCAUGUAAAUAACUCAACAAGCAAACUCACUAUCACACUAGGAUAACAAACUGGGCUGGUACCUGCGCAAACCUAACAGAGCGUGUUGUUUCAACAUGCUUUCCAAGGACACAGAUGUUGUAAAAUGUACUUGGUAUGUUCACAGCCUAACGAAGGGGCCUCUGGACUUUGUGGGAUUUGCAAACGUUUGCACAGAAAUUAGAAAACUGCUUUACUGGAUAGAAAUUUCACUUUUUAAAUCUAGUUCUGUUCGAUUGUUUUUAUGCAUUUUUUAAAUGUUUGCCACUGUAUUUUAUACAAUGCAACACUUAACAGCUAAUUUGAAUGUUUCUGUUCUUUAAAUAAAUGAAAUAUAAUGUACAUACAUUGAAACAUUUGCGCAAUUGUAUAAAUCAAUAAACAGAAUGCACACUCAAUACAAAGUGUUUAUUGUGUCAUGAUUUUACUGCAACCAAAACCAACAUUGGCAAGAACAUUAGUAACUCAAUCUAAUAACUUCUCAACAAAUAUAGCUCUCAUUUUCACAGAGCCAUCGUACAGCAAAGCUAACACUACUGUAAUUAUAAAACAACCUUUUCAAUCCACAGUAACUUUACCACACACAACAUAGUAAAGUAUACUGCAUGGUUCUAUAUGGUUUACAGUGAUACUUUGCCUGAGUAACAACUGGCUUAGUUAUUAA